AUGGCACAACUCAAACCUUUCAAAGGCAGUUACUAUAUCUGGGAAUAUGUCCCAAGUCUCCCUGGCGCAAUAGCAUUCGCAGUCGCAUUUCUUCUCAUCACCUUAGCCCAAGGUUAUCGCAUGUAUAGAGGCAAACACUGGUUCACGAUCCCCUUCUUCAUCGGGGGCAUUUGUGAAGUACUCGGCUAUGUCUUCCGCACCCUAGCAUACAACGCCACAAACUCUCUAGCGAUCUACAUCAUGCAAUCACUCUUCCUCCUCCUACCACCGGUUUUCUUCGCCGCGACAUUAUACAUGGUAUACUCCCGUAUUGUACGCGCCGUCGGAGGUGAAGAUUUCUCUCUCAUUACCGCUCGCAAAACGACAAGGCUCUUUGUUAUCGGGGAUUUUGUCACGUUCAAUAUCCAAGGCAAUGGCGGUGGCUUGAUGGCCAACCAAAAGCUCGCAAACAUUGGUAAGAUCAUUGUUAUCGUCGGUCUUAUCGCUCAGAUCAUUCUUUUUCUUGCCUUUGUAAUCAUCUGUGUGGUAUUUCACAGGCGAUUCAAAGCUCACUUGCGACGCUCGCAUGCUCUUGUUGAAAUUCGUUGGGAGUCAUAUCUCAAUAUGCUGUACGUCACCUCAGCUUUUAUUCUUGUCAGGAAUCUCUUUCGCGUGGUGGAGUUUAUUAUGGAUAAAGAGGGAUAUUUGAUGCAGAAAGAAUGGCCGACCUUUGUUUUUGAUGCUGUGCUGAUGUUUUUGGUUAUGGUGGCGUUUUAUGUAUGGUAUCCUGGGAAUCUUACAUCGACCUCGAGAGACUCGGCCGUUGAACUUGUUCCGAAGCCGAGGCGCAACUCUAGAGAGGUCAGUGCGUCGGAGUAA